AUGUCCCCGGUACUCGACAGAGAUAUGAAAGGGGUCAUGUCGACCCCCAAGGAGGCGCGUUCGAUGCCAGCUAUAGCUCCAUUUCAAUAUUUAUCAUCCCUACCCUCCAAGGGCGUUCGACAUACAAUCGUUGAAGCGUUGAGAACGUGGAUCGACAUCCCGGAUGACUUUCUCCCCGAUCUGCUGUCCAUUGUGGGCGAUAUACACAACAUCUCAUUGAUGCUCGAUGAUGUCGAAGAUGGAUCGCCAUUGCGACGGUCCAAGCCCGCCGCGCACUCCGUGUUUGGCGUCGGACAGACGGUCAACUCGGCUACGUUUCAGCUGGUGGAGGUGAUCGGUCGCGUCGCGCAGGUGGCUGGACCACUUGCCCAGACUAUCGUAUUGGAGGAACUGAAGAAUAUGCUCGUCGCGCAGAGCCUGGAUCUGCAUUGGGUCCAACACGCGACACCACCGAGUUCGCAGGAGUAUCUACAGAUGAUUGACGGUAAAACGGGCGCCCUCUUCCGCCUCAUCGCCCGCCUAAUGAUCGCCCAACAAUCCCCCUCCAGCACCACCAACCCUCCCUCUCUCGACCGCCUGAUGAUCCUAUUCGGACGAUUCUUCCAGAUCCGCGAUGACUAUGCGAACCUUGCAAUGGACCAGUACCAAGACAGCAAAGGCUUCUGCGAGGACCUCGACGAAGGCAAAUGGAGCUUCAUCCUCCUGCACGCGCUGGCGCACGCCACGCCGCCCACGCGGAUGGUGCUGAUGAACGUGCUGAUGCAGCGCCACGCGACGGGCUGCGCCGGCCGCGGCCACAAGGAGCUCGUGCUCGACAUCUUCCGGCACGAGACGCGCUCGCUCGCCUUCACGACUGAGGCCCUCUGGGUGCUGGGCCAGCAGAUCGAGCUCGAGAUCCAGGCCCUCGAGCGCGCCACCCUCACCGCCAACCCCGUGCUCCGGGAGAUGGUGCGCAGCUUGCAGGUGGGGUUGACGCCCCCCGAUGGGUAUGGCUUUGAGGAGGUGGGUGGCGGCGGCGGCGGCGCGGUUGGGCACGGGGCGAGGAUAUCUGAGGGGGUGCUGGGGUUGUCGUGUUAGGAGGUGGAUGCAAAUGGGCUUUGGGUGGAAGCUGAAGCUGAAAUAUCUCUAGAAAUCUUGGUCGGGAUUCGGGGGCUUGUGGAUGAGGGCGGUGUUUAGGGCCUG